UUGGUUGCUGCAACAAGUUGCAAUCUUGCACCCUUUCUCCGGCUAUUUAUGCAGCCGGAGAGUGACCGGGAUGCGGACGCCGGCCGGAGAAUCCGCCUGCCAUGGAUUAUUACUACCCCAUGGAGGAGGAGGAGGAGGUGCACGAGCGCCCAAGAUUCCGGCGCCCGGUCCACCCGUGGCAGUGGCACCAUUGGCAGAAUCUCCUCGGCCUCCUCUCGUCGUCGUCUCCGUCUCCGGCGACGGCGGCGGCGGCGCAGAGGUGCAGCCAUGUCAGCUGGGAGGAGACCGCCGCCGCGCACCUCUACUCCGCCAGCCUCCCCGGUGUGAGGAAGGAGGAGAUCAGGGUGGAGGUGGAGGACGCGAUGUACCUCGUCAUCCGCACCGAGCUUGAUGACGGUGGCGAUGGCGACGGCGGAGGCGGCGGUGGCCGGAGGAGCUUCGCGAGGAAGUUCCGGCUGCCGGCGAUGGUGGACGCCGACGGCAUCUCGGCGGAGUACACCCACGGCGUGCUCAGGGUAACCGUCCCGAGGCUGCAUACGCGGGCUCGCCCCGUCGUCAACCUCGCCGGCGGCGGCGGCGGUGGCGGUGGCCCGGCCUGCGACCCCGUCGCCCGAGCAGCCUGAUUAGUGAUUCGAUAUCAAUCAAGAAAAUUACUUAAUUACUUAUUUAAGUUGCACUGUGAGCUUAGGAUUGGGGAAGUAAUAGCAGUAUAGUGAACUGUACAAUUCUCAGGCAUUUCAGAAUUUCAGAAAAUUGCCAAAUUGGCAGUGCCUGUUCGUUAUCUUGUAGUAUCAGUUGUUUUUUGUGCUAUAGUACUCUAUUUCUGUUCUGUCGCAGUAAAACGUGAAGGAUUUAGUUUUGACUGUGCUGUUGUCAAGGAGA